CAUUUGUCAUUCCUCUUUCACACGUGCUGACAUUUCUUGUUCUUGUUUACGAUUUUUCCACCGAAAGAAAUGAUUUUUAUUAAAUUUUAAUUUUACUUUUAAAUUAACACACAAAAAAUAAAAACCCAAAAAUGUUUGUUUCGGAUGUAAACGAUGUAAAAGUCUACAAUCUAAGUGCUGGUAAAUCUGUACCAGAAUGGCUGACAGAUCGUCGAAAACGUUCCCAAUUGAUGAAAAAAGUCGACUCCCGGCGACAAAUCGAAUUAAUUCAAGACUUCGAUAUGCCCGGUGUGUCCACUUCCAUUCGCAUGAGUCCAGAUAAUCAAUAUAUUCUAGCCACGGGCACCUACAAGCCCCGUGUCAAAUGCUAUGAAGUCUCGAAUUUAUCUAUUAAAUUCGAACGUUGCUUUGACUCCGAAGUGACAACCUUCGAAGUGUUGAGCGAUGAUUACAGUAAAAUGGUCUUUUUACAAUGCGAUCGGUAUGUUGAGAUACAUGCUGCCCAUGGCAGACAUUACAGACUGCGAAUACCAAGAUUUGGCAGAGAUAUGAAAUAUCAUUCGCCAUCCUGUGAUUUAUUUAUUGUUGGAACAUCAAGUGAUAUAUUCAGGUUAAACCUGGAACGAGGUCAAUUUCUACAGCCAUUCGAGUCUGAAGCAAGUUGUUCGAAUGUCUGCGAAAUCAAUCCUGAACAUCAUCUCCUAAUGGUCGGCACAAAAGAGGGCACAGUCGAGGCCUGGGAUCCACGAGAUCGACGAAAAUGUGCAACUGUUGAUGUUGCCAUGAAGUUUCCUAAUUCGAAAAAGUUCCCAUCGGUUACAGCGAUGAAAUUUAAAAAUGGCCUUCAAAUGGCUGUUGGAACCACCACAGGGCAUGUUCUUAUCUAUGACAUACGCUCGCGGGAGCCACUCUUUGUGAAAGACCAUUUAAAUCAGCUUCCUAUUAAGCGAUUGGGCUUCAAUCCUAGCCAACAAUCUGUGUAUUCUUUGGAUUCUGCGAUGUUCAAAGUCUGGGAUGAGUCUAGUGGCAAGCAGACUGCCUACGUUGAAUCCACAUCAAAUUUCAAUGAUUUUUGCACAAUUCCCGAAACUGGAAUGUUCUUCUUUGCUCAAGAAGAUGUCAAAAUGAUGACUUAUUAUAUUCCUUCGAUGGGACCAGCUCCAAGAUGGUGUUCGUUCUUGGAUAAUCUUACAGAAGAGAUUGAAUCAGAGGUUGUGGAGAAUAUGUACGAUGAUUAUCAGUUCAUUACCCAAAAGGAACUCGAAGAACUUGGCAUGGAAGAGCUUAUUGGUACCAAACUUCUUAAGGCCUACAUGCAUGGGUACUUCAUCGAUGCCCGUCUAUACAACAAGUUCAAGGCAACAGUUGAACCCUUUGCAUUUGAUAAAUUCCGCAAGGAGAAAAUUCGCCAAGAGAUUGCUAGCGAACGACAAAGUCGUCUCCAAAUUAAGACUAACCUACCCAAAGUCAACCAGGAAUUGGCACUCAAAAUCAUCGAGGACGAAUCAAGUCAAGCACCGAAGAAAUCCCAAAAGAAACUGCCGAAUCUCCUGGAAGAUGACCGUUUCAAGGCAAUGUUCGAGAACACCGACUUUGCCAUCAACAAGAACACCGAAGAAUACAAAAUGUUGGCGCCAGUUCUCAAUCGAAUGGGUAAACUCAAGACCCAAGAAGCUAAGAAGAGAAUCGAAGUGGCCAGAGUGGCGGAACUUCAUGCCGAUGAGGCAGAACCCCACCAAGAAUCCGAUGAUGAUGAUGAUUUGUUCUUUAAUAAUAAGAGUGAUGACGAUGACAACGAUAAGGAUAAGAGUGAUGAGAGUUCAGAGGAUGACGAUCCCAGAGAGUUCUCAAGACAAAUGAAAAAGGCUUACAAGGAUGUCAAAAAGCAGAAAGCUCAACAAGACGAUGAGAUGAACGUAGAUGACGACGAAGAAGAACCUGCACCUGCACCAAGACAAAAUAAGACAACAAAAAUGAUUCCUAUGAAAAAUCCUACUACAACAAACUUUAAAUUAGAUUCCCUCAAAAAGAAGACAAACCGCAUGAGUCUUCUAGAUCGUGUUCGCAAGGAACAAGCAGCUAGUAAUAAUGUGGAAUUAGUUGGAAGUGGUUUGGGCAAUCGACAAAUGCAAUUCGAAACAAAGAAACCAUCGCGUGACGAAAAGAAGCGUGAAUUCGAAAUGAAGAAGCAUCGGGAGGAGCGUAAGAAAGUCAUUCGACCAAUUAAGUCACUUAAAUUGAAGAAAGUUAAUUUUAAGUAAAAAUUAAAUUGAGAACCAAACUAAAAUUAAAAUAAAAAAAUAUAUAUAUAAAACUUCUGUAGAUGUACCGUUAA